UCCCUCCAAAGGAGGUGUGUGCAAGUAUCAGGUGAUGUGUUUUUAACAGAUUUGAGUUCAAUAAGAGAUGUCUAUGAACGGCAGUGUAGUUAUAGUGGGGGCCGGAAUGGCUGGACUGUCGGCAGCAGAGCACCUCACUAAGUGCGGCUUCAGGGACGUAGUGAUUCUGGAAGGGGGUGAUCGGAUUGGUGGAAGGAUAAAUACUCAUGGAUUCGGAGAAUACCGCGGUAAUCCCGCUCUUAUUGAACUUGGUGCCAACUGGAUCCAUGGUUCCCAUGGAAAUGCUGUGUUUAGUUUGGCCACAGAGCACGAUCUACUCAAUCCUUAUGUUUUAUUAGAUAGAAUGGAGGGAUAUGCGUAUACCGAAGACGGAAGAAAAAUUAGCAAGUCUUUGACCGAAAGAGUUUGGCAGAUUUUUCAAGAGGUUGAGAUGGGAUUGCAGGACAUCAAACCCCAAGACAUUGAUGCUAACUCUAAUAUCGCUAGUUACAUGACUAAUGAGUUAGAAAAGAGGCUGGUGGAGUUCCCAGAAAACCAGCAUGCAGAUAUAAGAGCACUCUUUAAUUGUAUGUUGAAUUACCUUUCCUUUCAUUCAGCCGAGGAUCUGGAAAAUCUGCCACUAAAAUACGCUGCCUGCUUCAAAGAGUUAGGUGGUGGCAACAUCAAGUUGCCUAAAGGGUUUAAAAGUGCCCUUGAUGUAAUCGUCAAAAAAUUGGCAAAAAAUUGUAUUCAAUACAACACAGAAGUGGAGUAUAUUUAUUACGGGAGCACUCAAUCUAGGACUGUCGCCAUAACAUGCAAGACACCAACUGGAAAGAGAAUGUUUGAAGCUAACCAUGUGAUUGUCACGUGCUCUCUGGGAGUCCUGAAGUCUUGUCAUUCCAGAAUGUUUGCACCACCUCUACCACCAAGUAAAAUUAGAUCUAUAAAUGCAAUGGGAUUUGGAACUGUCAAUAAGAUAUUUCUGCAGUGGAAAACACCUUUUUGGAAACAAGGUGAAGGAGGUUUAAAAUUUGCCUGGAAAUCAAGAAAUAUAGGGAACAAGAAAACUCAUUGGUAUAAAAGUCUUUUUGGAUUUGAUGAAAUUCUGAACAAUGACAACACAUUAAUAGGAUGGAUUCAUGGGGAAGCGGCAGAGCAUUUAGAAAGUAUGUCUGACGAGGAAGUCAAAACUCAGUGCACGGCUCUGAUCCGGCAGUUUUUAGGUGAUCCAAACAUUCCUACGCCCACUACAAUAAUUAGAUCCGCCUGGAAGACCAAUGGACUUACUCAGGGUUCCUACAGUUACGUUUCCUAUUCGUCGUCCCCAGCAGACAUUGAAUGUCUGGCAGAACCGGUGUAUAUGAGCGGGGUACCUGUUGUUUUGUUUGCCGGAGAGGCUACACAUCCACACUUCUUCUCCACAACACACGGGGCAAGGGAGUCUGGAAUACGAGAAGCAGAGUCUCUUAAAAACUAUUAUCAAAAGAAGGCUUUAGGUAAUAAGCUUUAAUCAUAAACUUGAUCUUUUUAUAUAUUGUUUCUUUGUGAUUUAUACGGACAAAUCUGAUACGAAUAACUGUGAAAUAAUCUUUAAACUGUUUCUGUUGAUGACUUGAUACUAGAUUUUUUUUAAAUGAAUGCUCCUCUAUUUAUUAAAGAUUAUUGGAGUAUAUUUCUAAAUAAAAUGCACAUAUAUAUUUAUAAUAGU